CCCAGCGGCGCACGAAGCAGGAAGUCCCACCCCCACGCCGACGUCACCGACGCCACGGACGCCAGAUGCUGCCGGAGCCGUUAGAGGGAGGAGACAAACAAACCGAGGCGGGAGCGGUCACCGGUGACUGCGGUAGCGGCGGGGCUGGGAUGCGUUCCCGAAGGCGCUCCUGGAGGGCCCUGGGUGGACUCAGAGAUCCCCAGAGCUUCAGGGGACGGAAAAUCGAGCCCCAGGCACUUGCCUCUGGGAGGCAGAGUGACGCGCGUCGUUGGAGCGCGAAGCCGGUCUCCCUAGCCUCCGGCAGACACAGCGUCUCCAGGGGUUUUACUUCUUUACGCGCCUCUGCUUCCCUCUGCCCCACACUCUUUGAGAGCCUCAAAUGGUAGUCCUGCCGCCACCCUCUCUCCCUUCGCCCGCCUGCCAUCGUCCCCGUGUGUGCAGAUAUGCGCUCCCGAAACCGCCUGCUUGCCGCGGCUAGGCAUCAGCCCACGAAUGGGGAGUUGGCUCAGCUUGCCACGAGGGAACCUCAGGUCAGGACCAACCACCCAGAAGAGAGCCCUCCUCGCCCCCGCACCUCCUGCUCCAAGUCUCCUGUCCUGGUUAUCCCAACUUCAGGGCCCACGUGGGGUCACGUGGGGAACUACUUGUCUUAAGGCUGUAAACAGGAGUUGGAAGAGGAGAUGCUAGCUUUUGAGAACUUCCAUGGUCAUCCAAAGGCGGAAACAAAGUAGGCGGUCAGCCUUUCAAAAUACGUGUUGGAAGAAACAGACACCUUCCCAUCCCCAGCGUUUGUUCAGUGCCUUGGUUGGGCUUUGAUUCUCACUAUUUUGUGAAGCAAAGCUUAUUUUUACCCCCAAGGUUAUGAUUUUCAGGCUCUAGUUAUUAGGCAACUGUGAGGUGAUUUUUUUUUUGUUGAAAUGAGGGGAAACGGGCCCUUAGAAAGGACCGUGGCUCUUUAGAGAAGAGGGGAAAAAAGGACAGUGGGGUAGUAAUGGAAUGUUGCUGGAUGGAUUACAUAGAUGAGACAUGGGAGAUAGAAUAGAGAAUCCAGAAAUUCCCGUGUAUGUGUGAGUGUUUAGUAUGGUAACAGUAGCUCACAUUUGCUGAGAAUUUGUGUCAAGUACUGGAGUACUUUUUCAGGUUAUCUUAUUUAACUCUCACAUCUCUGUAAGGUAGGUGCAAUUGUUAUCUCCAUUUUACAGAGUUGCCCAAGACCAUUACUUUUAAGCGUUGGAGCCAGACAACUCCAGAAAUCUCAGUGGUAACCAGUAAACUAUACAUUACAAAUUACUGGUCAGUAGGAAAAAGAUUAUUCGGGAAAUGGCGGUGGCUCACGCCUGUAAUCCCAGCACUCUGGGAGGCCAAGGCAGGUAGAUCACCUGAGGUCAGGA